AUGGCAUCCUUCGUCUUUAUAAUCCUCAUUCUUGCCAUCAUACUCCAGUGUAUUCUCGCACUCCCCCCUCCGCUCAAUGUGCCUCUGCCCAAGGAAUUCGCUCAGUACACCGUCUUAGAGCAGCGAGAUACCAUUCCGGAUCCAUGGAUCGAUGAAGGAUCCGCACCGUCCGACCAAGUCAUUUCCCUCGGCAUCGGCUUCAAGCUGCAGAACCUUCAAGAGUUUGAACGCCGGUUCACGGAGAUUAGCACGCCUGACCACCAGAACUACCAGAAACACAUGACCGCCGAUCAGGUCCACGCGAUGCUCAAUCCCGCAGAAGACACAGUUAAGCUUGUUCUCAGCUGGCUCAAAGCCUUUGGCAUCGAGGGAACUCACGACCACCAGUGGAUCAAGGUGGAGCUGGCGGUGGCACAAGCCAAUACACUCCUCCAGGCACAGUACAAGAUCUAUCGCGACCGUAACACCGGCAAAUCCAUCACCCGCACUCAGUCGUACAGCAUCCCAAGCUCCCUUCUUGACAUUGUCGAUUUUGUGACGCCGGCAACGUCCUUUGAGAAGGAUCUAAGACCUUCCAAACCCUCCACGGCCCUAAAACUAGCCAAAAGACAAACCGCACCUGUCUGCGCAAAUCAAGUAACCCCAAGUUGCAUCUUUGAUCUCUACGGUAUUCCGAGGAACAGGUCUACGCAAGCGGACAACAGCAUUGCUGUUUCUGGUUUCUUAGGAGAGAAUGCGAACAAGGCAGAUCUAGCGCGGUUCUUGCGUGAUCUCCGUCCAGACUUGAAUCCGGCUCCUACCUUUGCAGAGGUCUUUAUCGAUGGUGGCGUGAAUCCCCAAGACCCUGCCCUGGCUGGAUUAGAAGCUAACCUGGACAUUCAGUAUACAGUCGGGAUCGCGAGCGGGGGACGAAACGACAUGACCGGCUUCCUCGAUGUUGCGAACUUUCUGCUCCACCAGCCUGUAGUCCCCACCGUUCUCAGCAUAGGCUAUAAAAUUGAUGAGCGUGUGGUAUCUCAGAGAGUUGCAAAUAAUUUGUGCAACGUGUACAUGCAGCUUGGAGCCAGGGGAACCAGCGUUAUUCACUCUUCUGGAGACGGUGGAGUGGCCGGAGUAAACGUCGAUACCUAUUGUGGUAACACGUUCGUACCAACAUUCCCAUCGACCUGUCCCUUCGUGACCAGUGUCGGAGCAACGACAGGCAUCCAGCCGGAAGUGGGUGCAGGGUUGUCUGCUGGAGGGUUCUCGAACUACUUCAACAGACCCCAGUAUCAAGCCGGUGCCGUGAACAGCUAUAUUAACCGAUUGGGUAGCCAGUACAACGGUCGCUACAACGCAAACGGCCGUGCAUACCCAGAUGUCGCCGCCCAGGGCAUGGUCGUCACGAUAGCCCUUGGAGGCCAGUGGGGACUGGUCGAAGGUACAUCCGCCAGCGUCUCCAUCUUUGCUUCAGUCAUCGCCCUCCUCAAUGACCAGCUGAUACGCGCAGGAAGGGCGCCGAUGGGAUUCUUGAAUCCUUUUCUCUAUAGCAAUCCUGGAGCAUUGAACGACAUUGUCCAUGGCAACAAUCCAGGGUGCAACACAAACGGGUUCUCUGCAGUCAGCGGCUGGGAUCCUGUCACGGGCCUGGGCACACCCAACUUUCAAAGAAUGCUUACGGCCCUCGGAUUCUGAUGCGAUAUUUUGUGUAGCGAUUCUUGUCACCUAUGUUGUUGUCUCAGCGUAGUCGAAUAAUAAAUAACCCGAAG